AGCACCCGACUCUUUGCCACCCAUUGUUCUCCCGCCGUUUCCUUCCUCCUCCCUCCUCCUCCUCCUCCUCCGAGCCCUCAGAAGAGAGGCGGGAUUUCUCCUCCCAGGCCCGGCAUCGACUGACACUUCGGGGGCGGGCCGGAGCCCAGGCCGGGCGGGCUUUGAGCCCCUGAGCUGGCGCCGCUAGCGGUCCAAGCCAGAGCCCCCGACCGAGAGCCCGCCGCCGGCUUGACGCUCCCCCUCGCCCCCCCCCCAGGGCGCAGACACGCAGGGCGGCGACGCAACUCGGGAGGGUCGGUGGGUGGGUAGAAAAAGACGAGGCAACCCCCGGCCUGGCUUCGCCUCGCCGCCGUCUCUCUCGCUACCUCCGCUCGGGGCUGGCAAGCCAAUGAGGGCCCGGACUCCGGCCCUCUCCGCCUCAGGAGCCGCCCGGAGCCCCCCGUGCCGACCCCCGGCUCUCGACCAGGCGGGCGGAGUGGACCCCCAUGCGGCGGCUCCAGGAGAAGUUCCGGAGAUUUAUGAACCAUCCCGCUCCAGCAAACAGUCGGUACAAACCCACUUGUUAUGAGCAUGCUGCUAACUGUUACACUCACGCGUUUCUCAUUGUUCCAGCCAUUGUGGGGAGUGCUCUGCUUCAUCGGCUUUCUGAUGAUCGAUGGGAAAAGAUAACAGCAUGGAUGUAUGGAGUUGGUCUGUGCGCCCUCUUCAUCGUUUCCACGGUGUUUCAUAUCAUUUCAUGGAAAAAGAGUCAUUUAAGGACAAUGGAGCACUGUUUCCAUAUAUGUGACAGAGUGAUGAUCUAUAUCUUCAUUGCGGCAUCAUAUGCACCGUGGUUAAAUCUUCGUGAACUUGGACCUCUGGCAUCCCAUAUGCGUUGGUUUAUCUGGCUGAUGGCUGCAGGAGGAGCCACUUACGUAUUUCUCUACCAUGAAAAGUAUAAAAUUGUAGAGCUUUUCUUCUAUCUAGCAAUGGGCUUUUCUCCUGCACUAGUCGUGACUUCCAUGAGUAACACUGACGGACUACAAGAGGUUGCCUGGGGAGGUCUGAUUUAUUGCAUGGGGGUGAUCUUCUUCAAGUGUGAUGGAGUGAUCCCGUUUGCCCAUGCCAUCUGGCAUCUGUUCGUCGCUACUGCGGCGGCAGUUCAUUAUUAUGCUAUCUGGAAGUAUCUUUACAGGAGCCCUGCAGAUAUCAUCCGUCAUUUAUGAUAUUAAACACAAAUACGCACGCACAGCAUGCGCGCAGACACACACACACUUCUGCAGGCUACUCUGUGCCUCCGACUCAGUAUUACUUGGGUAAUAGAAAUUCUGAGGAAGUGGGUCAAAAUAUUGCACGGGGACCGGGGGGGGGGUAAAUGCACUGACUCUGAUUUCUGAACACAUUUACUGUGAACUGGAGUGAUAAAAAUGUUUCCUAGAAUCACUGUUUAUCUGUCAAGUGCUGGGCACAUUAGUUCUCUGAAACUUUUCCUUGGGUAGCCCCUAUUGGAAUGAAUAGGAAUCAGGCCAAGAGAAGAUGAUGCAUCUCCUAUUCAUUUCAGUGUGGCUUGCACACAGGUAAUUCCGUUUGUUAUUGCAUCCACCAUCAUUAUCAGGGGGCUACUAUCCAGCACACAUAUUGGGAGGAGACAUUUUGGUUGAAAACAUCAUGCUGCAUUAUAAAUAGUCUAUUCCACAUUUACAGGGAAAACAGCAUAAAAAUGUUUGGUGGCCUGAUGUUUACAAAUCCUUUGUGUCUGGUUGUGUGUUUUUUUAAAAUGUAUUUAAUGGAUUUAAUUUCUGCAAUGUUACAUUUCUGCAUUUUAAAUGACAGCUUUAAAUUGUAGCAGUUAAUGCAUUAGCAAAGACCCAGUUCCCCUUUCUUGGGGGGUGGGGGUGGGGGGAAAGGUUGCUUUCUACCACUUUUUCGGGAACUAUUUGAUAACACAGAAGACACAGAUAGAUAGGUUUUAUCUCUCCCCCACGAAUCAAUUGUACUAAUGUAACUUUUUAUAUUUUAAAAGGAACUUUUUAAACAGAACUUUAGAAAUGCACACAGCCUACAUUUCUGCUGUUUUACCUACAAUGAAACUGCAAGUUACAUUCCAGAUUCUGUCCUGAUACUGUACUAUACCUCAAUUAAAAGCUUUUAUUAAAAGGCUGUGAUUGAUAAUUAGGAAUUCCAAAAUUGGCUUUGCUGAGUCUUAACUUGCUACCCUUUGUGGUAAACUGAACUGUCUAAUUUGGGGUUGUUUUUUUUUUAAGCAUACCAAUAGUUCUAUCUGACACAUGGAAUUCAUCAUGCUAUGCCAUUUCUAGAGGCAGAUGUGUUGCAUACCCAAGAAGGCUCUCCAGAAAUGGUGGCUCUAGUCCUUCAUGUGGCCAGCAGCUAAGAACUGAAAAAAAUAAUCUGAAUUACUCUCAAGCAACAGUAAUGUUGUAGGUGUGUUAAGACAUUUUGGUGCUUAAAUGACGCUUACAGUGCAAUCCUAUGCACAGUGAGAAAUAAGUCUCACGAUGUUCAUUCAGACUUACUCGAGUGCAUCUCUAGAAUGUUCAAGACAGCUAGUUUAGGCCACUAAUUCUUGUUGGGUGUAAAUCGGUGACAUCUAUCUUUUUUUUUAAAAAAAACAAACACUUUAUCCUAAUACUUGCUGAUAAGUUUUGAGUAUUAAUAGUUUAAUUAAUUCAUCCUGCACCCAAAUGGCCUUUUCAGGGAGGGAAGCUUGCUAGGUCUCGUCAGUCUGGGACAUAAAGUAGGGAAACUGGGCAUCUGGGACAAUGAAAUUUGGUAGCAAUUUUACAGUAGAAAACAUGCAUCAAAUGUUAGACUCUUUUUUGUAAUGAUCGGUGUCCGGUUACUGUAGUGUGUCCCACUGUACUAUGAAUGUCUUAUAUUAAGAUUGAAUUUAUUCUUUUUUCUAACUUGCUGUUUUUCAUAUCAGUGUUUUAAACAAAAGAAAUCAAACACGUUGCCUUUUUCAGAUAUUACUCUGGAUAUUUUGCCUGUCAAAACAGUAGAUCUGUACUAUAGAAAUGAUGUUGGGGGCAAGAGGUUUUCCCUUGAGGUGAUGUAUAAUCUCCACUCAACUUGUUAAGUGGUUUUGUUUAUAUUUUAGAAUGAGGUGCAUUUGUAUACAAUUUUGCAGGAUGCGGCAAAUGCUUGUGUUAAAAUAACUUGGUUUCCAUGUAGUAUUAGCUGAUGACUUGCACAGUUGUUGUCCCACUCCAGAGACACAUCUGAGCUCUUCAGGGCACCAAGAUAUACAUUAGUGUUCUGAAGAAGCAGUAGUUACUCCACUGGAGUCAGUAUGGCACAUAUUCUGCAUUCACACUAUCGCACAGAAUGGAGGGGUUCACAAAGUUCUAAGCAGAGCACUGGAAGACCUUGGUGGGGCUAGAACAGAUUUCUUUGAGUUAGUGUGCAAAUAAAACAUCAGAAUAGAAGAUAUUUACUGUGACAGUCCUGGAACUUCUGAAUGCUGUCUGUUGUCUUUGUUGUCUCCCCUUUAAAAAAAAAAAACCUAAUGUGAUCGUCUUUGAAUAUAUUCACUUUUUGUGCAUUCUUGUAUUCAAGUACAGUAUUGUUCUGACCACUAAAAUAUAUGUAAAGCUUUCCACAUUUGUCAAAACUUGCUCCAAUUAAUUCUGCUACUUUUGUGGGAAUUACUCUUUUUACUGUGUUGGUUUUUAAGGGUGAAAGCAUUUUGUUUUGGGUUUUUUAAAAACAACGAUAACUAAACUCGCCAAAUAUAUUUUUGUUUCUGUCUUGUCCCCAAAGGUAUAAAUGUACUAGAGUAAUGCAAAUAAACAUUUUGUGCAA